AUCGCAGGCGCUCUCCGCCGUUACCCCUUGCGGUGGUUAGGGCUCCGGGGCAGGUGGAGGGGAUGGGCAGAGAAGGUCAGGCUUCUGCCCAAACAGGUUCUCUAACCGGCGUGUGUAUAUAAGGGGAGCGGGUAUGUACCUGUUUGGAAUGUCUAUGGGUGUGUGUGAGAGAGCGAUAAUACAUUAACCCUUUAGUGGCCGGACCGGUGCUGCAGGACUUGCUCUGGAUUCUGAGCCGGAGUUGCCCGGGGUACAGUAACUCAGGCGCGCUGUGCCUUUAACCACACGAACCCUUUAAUUAACAUGAAGUGGGUGGAAACGCAUCAAAACCAAUCAAUACUUCCCGUCUCCAUGGCGUUGUGAAGCAGAACGGCUUUUUGGUGUAGAAAUGUUCUUUCGUGUGCUCUGGAAGCUGGAUUACCCCACAGAGGUGAACUCCGAGGAAUUCCCUGGAGCUGCUGAAUGACAUCACACAUCCAGUGACGUCAUGGAGAGCCCUGCAGAGGCACAUUAACUCCGUGGUCACACGCUGCUGACAGGCUGUUCCGAGCCGCUGAGUCUGCAAUCGUUUCCACAUCAGAGAGCAAGUACAGUGAGGGCUGCGCCAGGGGCAGGUGGGGCACGAACGCGGUGCCAGCUACGGAACACGCAGUGCCAGCUCCAGCCACCAGCCCGAGUAGAAGGGGCACAAGCAGGCGUGCCGGACUAAGAGGACCACUCUGAUUUGGGGUUAUGCUGCCCUCUCUGUAUUAUCUGGCCCCCGUAUUGGGGGGCUACGCCAUCACCUCGUAUUACCUGCUGAAAAAUCCUCAUAUCCUGCACAAGAGGAAGAGGCUGUCCUUCCACUGCCGGCACAUUUCACACCGCGGGGGAGCCGGGGAGAGAAUUGAGAACACUCUGGAAGCCUUCGACAACGCUGUGUCCAAUCACACCGACCUCCUGGAGCUGGACUGUCAGAUGACCAAAGAUGGCCAAGUCGUGGUGUCACAUGACCAAAACUUACUGAGGCAGACGGGCCGCGACCUCAACAUCUCUGACCUCACGUAUGAUGAGCUUCCGCCGUAUAAGAAGUCGCUGGAGGUGACAUUUUUCCCAGGUCACGUCUCGACAGGCAGCGACCACCGCAUCCCCCUGCUGGAGGAGGUCUUCCGGAGACACCCCGAUAUCCCCAUCAAUAUAGAGAUCAAGGAGGACAACGAGGAGUUAAUUAAGAAGGUGUCGGAUCUGGUGAAGCGGUACCAGCGCACGGACAGGACCAUCUGGGCCAGUAUGAGCGACCGGAUCAUGCGCAAAUGUCAGGCCGUGAACCCGGACAUGCCGGUGAUGUUCACGCCGCGGCGCGGGGCUCUCCUGCUGCUGCUGUAUUACAGCGGUCUCCUGCCGUUCGUUCCGUUGCGGGAGUCCGUGGUGGAGAGUUACAUGCCGUCUAUAAUAAACAGAACCUACUUCCCGCACAGCCCGCUCCUGCGCAACCGCUUUCUGGUUUAUUUGCAAGACAAACUAAUGAUGCGGAAAGGUCUAUUCCGGCAUCUGGAGGAGAGAGGGAUCCAGAUCUAUCUCUGGGUUUUAAAUCAGGAAAGCGACUUCCAGAGAGCCCUCGACUGCGGAGCCUCCGGGAUCAUGACGGACUACCCCUCGAAACUGCACCGCUUCCUACAAACAUACGAGGGGGGGCAGAGGGCGGGAGGGGGAGCACAGGAGGGGGUGGCAGGCGAUGGGGCCGAGAGGUGCAGGUAUUAAGGUGCCAAAAACGAGCAUCUGCUACGGGGGGGGGGAUUCUGUGAGCCAAAUAUAAUGAAUAAU